AUGUCGACGGAGACGUAUGAAGAUGCACUUGAAAAACUAGGAAAGCUUCUUUGUAACAAAUCGGAUCUCGGGAACGUGGCGGUCGCAAAGAUCAAAAAGUUAACAAGUGAGCUAGAGGAACUUGAUUCCAACAAAUCAUCAGAUGCUGUAGAACGAAUCAAAUCCGGAUUUAUCCAUUUCAAGACUCAUAAUUAUGAGAAGAAUCCUACUCUGUACAAUGCGCUUGCCAAGAGCCAGAGCCCCAAGUUUUUGGUGUUUGCUUGUGCGGAUUCCCGAGUGUGCCCUUCUCACAUCUUGAAUUUCCAACUUGGGGAAGCCUUUAUCGUCAGAAACAUUGCAAACAUGGUGCCACCAUAUGACAAGACGAGACACAUUGGUAUCGGUGCCGCCCUUGAAUACCCAGUUACAGUCCUCAACGUGGAGAACAUUCUGGUGAUUGGUCACAGCUGUUGUGGUGGAAUAAAGGGACUCAUGGCCAUUGAAGAUGAUGCAGCUCCCACUAAGACCGACUUCAUAGAAGACUGGGUCAAGAUCUGUAAACCGGCCAAGAACACGAUCAAGCAGGAUUUCAAAGACCUAUGCUUCGACGAUCAAUGUGCCAACUGUGAGAAGGAAGCAGUGAACGUGUCGUUGGGGAAUCUGUUGUCUUACCCGUUCGUGAGAGAAAGAGUGGCGAAGAAGAAACUCUCCAUAAGAGGAGCUCACUACGAUUUCGUGAAAGGCACGUUUGAGCUUUGGGAACUCGACUUCAAGACCACCCCUGCUUUUGCCUUGUCUUAA